UGCGGAGUCCUCCAUGCUCACCGAGUGGGAGGGUCACACUGAAGGGACGAAUAAGGGCAGAGAUGCGUCCCGCUUCCACUCGCUGGAAGCUGGCGCGGGCCACUCCGCGGCGGUGCGGCAGCCCUGUCCGGACUCCACCGCGCCUCCCAGGGGCUCUGACACCAACCCAAGAUCUGUGGCCAUUUGUUCCCAUGGUUUCAAGGCACAAUGAGGCACACUGGCUCUUGGAAACUGUGGACCUGGGUGGCAAUGUUCCUGCUUCCUGCCUGCAUCUGUGUGACUGUCAGGGACAAGCCAGAAACAACCUGCCCUAUACUGAGAACAGAGAGAUAUCAAGAUGACAGAAACAAACUUGAAGUGUCAGGCUUUGAUCUGGGAGAAAGCUUUGCUUUGAGGCAUACGUUUUGUGAAGGUGAUAAAACCUGUUUCAAGUUGGGAAGUGCGCUUCUUAUCAGAGACACCAUAAAGAUAUUUCCCAAAGGCCUUCCAGAAGAAUACUCUGUAGCCGUCAUGUUUCGGGUACGAAGAAGCACCAAAAAGGAGCGGUGGUUUUUAUUGAGGAUUUUAAACCAGCAGAAUAUGCCCCAGAUAUCGAUAGUGAUCGAUGGUAUGAAGAAGGUGGUAGAAUUUAUGUUCCGGGGUGCUGAGGGAGAUCUGUUGAACUAUGUUUUUAAAAAUCGAGAACUCCGUCCUCUUUUUGAUCGUCAGUGGCAUAAACUUGGCAUUGGCGUGCAAUCCCGAGUCCUUUCUCUCUAUAUGGAUUGUAAUUUAAUUGCAAGUCGACACACAGAAGAAAAGAAUUCUGUGGAUUUUCAAGGAAGGACAGUUAUUGCUGCACGAGCUUCAGAUGGCAAACCUGUGGAUAUUGAACUUCACCAACUUAGAAUCUACUGCAACACAAACUUCCUAGCUGAAGAAUCAUGUUGCAACUUAUCACCUACUAAGUGUCCAGAGCAAGACGACUUUGGAAGUACAACUUCAUCCUGGGUGACCUCUCACACUGGUAAAACAUAUUCAUAUCUGCCAGGAGAGCAGGAACUUAAAGAUGCAUGCCAGUGCAUUCCAAACAAGGAGGAAGCAGGACUACCAGGAACUCUGGGAUCCUUUGGACAUAAGGGCGACAAAGGAGAGCAGGGUGAAAAUGGCUUACAUGGUAUUCCAGGAUUACCUGGUCAAAAGGGAGAACAAGGACUUGAAGGCAUCAAAGGAGAAAUUGGUGAAAAGGGUGAACCAGGAGCCAAAGGAGACACUGGUCUGACUGGCCUUAAUGGACAAGAUGGUUUGAAAGGUGACUCGGGUCCUCAAGGUCCACCUGGCCCAAAAGGAGAAAAGGGUGAUAUGGGACCUCCAGGGCCACCAGCCUUAACUGGCUCCAUAGGGAUACAAGGCCCCCAAGGUCCACCGGGAAAAGAAGGUCAAAGGGGAAGACGAGGGAAAACAGGACCCCCAGGAAAUCCAGGACCUCCAGGACCGCCUGGACCCCCUGGGUUACAAGGACUACAGCAGCCUUUUGGUGGAUAUUUCAACAAGGGGGAGCCUUUAACAAAAGGUGAAAAGGGAGAUAGAGGAGAACCCGGCCUAUUAGGACCACAGGGAAUAAAGGGAGAACCUGGAGAUCCUGGUCCCCCUGGUUUACUAGGAAGCCCAGGGCUAAAGGGUCAGCAAGGACCUGCAGGUUCCAUGGGGCCCAGAGGACCACCAGGAGAUGUUGGAUUGCCAGGAGAACAUGGUAUCCCAGGGAAACAAGGCAUGAAGGGAGAAAAGGGAGAUCCAGGUGGAAGGCUAGGCCCUCCUGGACUUCCCGGUCCGAAGGGUGAUGCUGGGCCUCCAGGGAUGAGUCUGCCGGGGAAACCAGGGUUAGAUGGAAAUCCGGGAUCACCUGGUCCACGUGGGCCAAAGGGUGAAAGAGGUCUGCCAGGGAUCCAUGGUUCCCCCGGGGACACAGGCCCACCAGGAGUAGGAAUCCCCGGUAGAACAGGCUCCCAAGGACCAGCCGGAGAGCCAGGUAUUCAGGGUCCUCGAGGUCUGCCUGGGUUGCCAGGAACUCCAGGGAUGCCAGGGAAUGACGGAGCUCCAGGGAAAGAUGGAAAGCCAGGCCUUCCAGGCCCCCCAGGUGACCCGAUCGCACUUCCUCUCUUAGGAGACAUUGGCGCCCUUCUGAAGAACUUCUGUGGCAACUGUCAAGCCAACGUCCCUGGGCUGAAAAGCAACAGCAGAGAUGAAGGAGGAGCUGGGGAGCCUGGAAAAUAUGAUCCUGCAGCCAGGAAGGGUGAUGUAGGGCCACGAGGUCCCCCAGGAUUCCCAGGCAGAGAGGGGCCAAAGGGAAGCAAAGGAGAGCGGGGCUACCCUGGAAUACAUGGGGAGAAAGGCGAUGAGGGUCUUCAAGGAAUUCCUGGCCUCUCUGGAGCUCCUGGCCCAACUGGACCCCCUGGCUUAACAGGAAGAACUGGACAUCCUGGUCCCACUGGGGCAAAAGGUGACAAGGGUAGUGAGGGGCCCCCUGGGAAACCUGGACCUCCUGGACCACCUGGCGUCCCGCUCAACGAGGGAAAUGGCAUGAGCAGUUUGUAUAAAAUCCAGGGAGGAGUGAAUGUUCCCAGUUACCCAGGACCUCCGGGCCCUCCAGGCCCCAAAGGUGAUCCUGGCCCAGUGGGAGAGCCUGGUGCAAUGGGCUUGCCAGGACUAGAAGGAUUUCCUGGUGUAAAGGGAGAUCGAGGCCCAGCAGGUCCCCCAGGUGUGGCUGGCAUAUCGGGAAAACCUGGUGCCCCAGGCCCUCCAGGAGCUCCAGGGGAGCCGGGUGAGAGAGGACCUGUUGGGGAGACAGGUUUUCCUGGACCAGAGGGACCCUGGGGGAAGCCAGGCAUAAACGGAAAAGAUGGAUUACCGGGUGCUCAGGGCAUCAUGGGUAAACCUGGAGACAGAGGCCCCAAAGGAGAACGCGGUGAUCAGGGAAUUCCAGGAGACAGAGGUCCACAAGGUGAACGUGGAAAGCCAGGUCUUAUGGGCAUGAAGGGGGCUAUAGGCCCUGUGGGGCCACCAGGAAGCAAGGGCUCCGUAGGGUCACCUGGCCACCAAGGCCCUCCGGGCACUCCAGGCAUCCCCGGCACUCCGGCUGACGCGGUUUCAUUUGAAGAAAUAAAAAUGUACAUUAAUCAAGAGGUCCUAAGGAUUUUUGAAGAGAGGAUGGCUGUGUUUCUAUCCCAGCUUAAGCUGCCAGCAGCAAUGUUAUCUGCUCAAGCUCAUGGGAGGCCUGGCCCACCAGGGAAGGACGGGUUGCCUGGACCCCCAGGAGACCCAGGGCCCCAAGGCUACCGAGGACAGAAGGGAGAAAGAGGUGAACCUGGAAUUGGGCUGCCAGGGAGUCCAGGGCUUCCUGGAUCUUCAGCAGUGGGUUUGCCAGGCUCACCAGGUGCCCCAGGGCCUCAAGGGCCCCCGGGACCCAGUGGAAGAUGUAAUCCAGAAGAUUGCCUCUAUCCUGUGGCUCCUCCCCAUCAGCAGGCAGGUGGGAAGUGAAGAAGACGAGGAAGACAUCCUGUCUGCUAAUAUGUCCAUGCCACUUGAGCCGCCAAUGCGGGCUUCACAACUGAGCGCUCUCAAGGCUUAUGAGUUUUGGACCGCUUUAUUUUAUUUUUCUGAUGCAGGGGCAGACAUCCAAAGCAACCAUCUGAGUCCUAUUCUGACAGUAAUUGCAGAUCAGUAUUUUCAGAUGUUUGCCAACUUCGUUCCAUAUGUUCUGCUUUAUUGUGGCUCUGAGUUCUACUGCUUCGUAAGAAAAAUGCAAGCGAGCCUGUCACGGGCUCUUCGGAAGAAAUCACAUGAAACGCUUUGGUACACAGACGACAUAGACUUUGUGAACUCGUCGACAUGACUAGCUUUUGAUUCCUGAGUUUUAACUUUUCUAAUUUAUCUUGAUUAUUUUCUUUGUAUUUAAAUUUACUAUCAUUGCUUUAGAUUUUUCUUUCUGCUCUUUUGAGACUGAAGUAGUACAAGUUGACUGUCUUAUGACUGAUUUUUUUACAAGAAGUCUUAUACCAUCCUAUAUUCAUUCGGUUUAUAAAGAAAAAAACAUGCAAUAAGAGAUUUGCUUCUAACUUAUAUUAAAAAAAAAAACUAUGGGAGACUCGUUUAUCAAGGAGUCUUGAUAAAAAUCAUCAUAGCCAACUACUGAAAUGCUUUUGUGACUUCCUAGCAAUGAGCUCAAUUUGGAGCACUCCUCACUGGCAUGAACAUAUGCUAACAUGAAAAAAUGAAGAACCAGCUUGACCCUAUGCCCAUGUCUGUGAGUCUCCUACGGUAAACUAAAAGUGGUUUUCUCGAAGACAUGCUUGGUGGUAAAGGCUGUCUUUGGUACCUGGCAAUCAUUCGCAGCCCGGCAAGACCUUCGUGCUCGUUUAUGCAUUCUUUUUUCUGACUUUGUGAUCCCUAGACCCACCAUCAGAGAAAAGACAAGGAUUUGUAAUGACGGGAAAAGAGGAGUCUUCUCUUGGAAAAUGAGAGUGGAGGGUGAGCAAAGGCAUGUUGAGUACAUGAAGCCCUCGGGCUCUUACAGAGAGCAAUGUUUUCUCAGAAACCAUUGAAAGGUCCAGCUCAGCAGAGGAAAGCCAAGAGACUCCACGGGAAAGUCACGAUAUGCUUCAAAACCAUGUGCUCAGGGCUUAGGGAUUUAGCUUCAAGGUGGAGUGCUUGCCUAGCAAGCAAGCAUCAAGACCCUGGGUUCUGUCCUCUGCCCUGGAGGAAAGAAAGAAAUGUGCUCUGAAAGGAAGCAAAAUCCCAGUGGUCUUGAAUGAAUGUUUUCUUACUCCCUACCUGUUCAUUGCUUGGUGAAACCUUGGCUGGGAAACAACUGAUUUUCUAGAAUAUUGAGCACAAGGCACAAGAAUGUUGCUGAGACGUAGCUGGUGGGUACCAUGGAAGCUGAGCACGCCACCAGAGCCCUUCAGUCAAAUGUAUCAAAGAGCACGGGAUAAGAGGAUGCUCUUAGUCUGUUCAUUGAAAAAAGACAAUGGGUUUAGAAAAGCAACCCACUGAACGUGGGAAAAGCUGUGAACGGUGUUUUCCUGGGAAGCAUGCCUGACAUAAGGCAGAGUUUAUUUAAAUGCACCCAUGAUUUGAACUGGUUUUCAUUAUCAACAGAUGAGCUGCUGGCCCGGUACUUUCAACAUGGCUGUGCAUAAAAUAACUUUUUAGUUACUUCAUAUUGAGUUUGCUGUAUAUUUAGAUCCACGUUUAUUUAUUUUCCAAGUCUACUUUAUUUAUUUCCAAUGUUUUGGACUUAAAAUUGCUUGUUCCUUUGUUUUCUUUCAUAUGCAAUACCUACAAUGGUGCUGUGUUUUAAACUUACACAAUUGGAGUAUGCAAAUGUUUGCAUAUGUAUCUUCAUAGUCAACUGAUAACUUACCCCCCUAAAAUGUACAUAAGGUGAAAAGUUGGUGCUAUGUGUAUAUUUUGAGCUUCUAAUUUGUUGAAUUUUCUGAAAACACACUUUACCUGACAUAUUAAUUUACUUGAAUUUGCUGUAUAGCAAAGACUUUUCUAUGCUUUCAAAGAUUAUUUUUCAUAUUGACAGGUUAUUUAUCCUUUUGCAUUUUGGAUUAUUCAAAAAUAUUUAUUUUAUAAUUUUAAUAUUUUCAUGAAUAUGUGGAUGGUGGUGGGUGAUU